CUCCCCCUUAGCUGCCCGAAGCCCGCCUGCGCCCGCCUCCGAAGUUCCGAGCGACGCCGGGCUCGGUCCGCUGCGGCCGGAGGCGGCGGCGCUGCUCGCCCAGGCCAAGACCCGGCCCUCUGGCCUCACCUAACCACACUGCAUUUGAGGUCGUGGAUUUCCAUAGGCUGAAAUUUUGUGAUUCGGUUAAACUCGGGACCUCCGCGAAGAGGACCCACUUAUUUUUUUCUUUCCAAAAUGGCAGCCUCCAGCCGAGCACGAGUGUUAGAUCUGUACCGAGCGAUGCUGAGAGAGAGCAAGCAAUUCAGCGCCUACAAUUACAGAACUUAUGCUAUCAGGAAGAUAAGAGAUGCCUUCAGAGAAAAUAAGAAUGUGAAAGAUCCUGUAGAAAUUCAGACUCUAGUGAAUAAAGCCAAGAGAGACCUGGAAAUUAUUCAUCGACAGGUCCACAUUGGCCAACUGUAUUCGACUGACAAGCUUAUCAUUGAGAAUCAGGAGAAGCCCAAGACCUAAAGACCAGCACCAUCAGCAACCACGGACCACCUCCAGCACCCACUCUGUGCUUGGGAUUGGGACCCCAAUGGACCACGAGUGGCUUCUUGCAUCAGCUUCAAAUAAUAACCUCUUGCUCAGCCUGCCCUAUAGAAACUGAUACAGUCAAUUGAGUGAGGUUUCCAUUCUCCUACAGCCUUAGUGGCAAGGGUGGCUGUCUCUCCUUGGUUCAGUGUUAGAAUGAAGAGUCGGUGCUCACUCAGAAUAAUGCUGUGUGUUAUUGUGUCUCCUCUCUCCCCCUCCCUUCCCCCCAUAGUAGCUCAUCGCCACUUGUACAGAGCAUCUCCAGACUUUGAUUCUUAGUCCUCAACAAUAAACAGGAUUGUCUCCCUAA